CGUGCCAGUGCCCACUUGGAGCCUUCACCCGGCAGCCCGGAGCGGCGGGAGACCUGCGUCCGGGAUCCCCCUCGGCGUGAGGCGCUCCACAGCUCAGACUCUACACUGAACUUCCUUGAAUAUAAUUAAGGAAUACAGGCAACAUGUUUUACACUCAUGUGCUUAUGAGCAAACGAGGACCACUGGCCAAAAUAUGGCUUGCAGCUCACUGGGAGAAGAAACUCACAAAGGCCCAUGUGUUUGAGUGUAAUCUAGAGAUAACCAUUCAAAAAAUUAUUUCACCUAAGGUGAAAAUUGCACUCCGAACUUCAGGACACCUUCUUUUGGGAGUUGUUCGAAUCUAUAAUAGGAAGGCAAAAUAUCUUUUGGCAGAUUGCAGUGAAGCAUUUCUUAAGAUGAAGAUGACAUUUCGCCCAGGACUGGUUGACCUCCCAAAAGAGAAUUUUGAAGCGGCUUACAAUACUAUCACAUUACCGGAAGAAUUUCAUGAUUUUGACAUCUAUAAUAUGAAUGAUAUUGAUGCUUCAGAGCCCAUUGCUCAGAACCAAAGCAGACCAGAGGAAAUCACACUUAGAGAAGAAUAUAGCAAUGAUCUACUUUUCCAAGAUGGGAGCUUUGGGGAUGAACCUGAACUCCUCAGAAGACAUAGCCUCUUUGAUGACAACAUAUUAAUGAACUCCAGUGGUCUCGUAGUUGAACAUAGUUCUGGAAGCCUCAUUGAGGAAAAAUCUUUGUUCUUUGACAAUGGAGAUGGAUUUGGAGAUGAAGGAGCUGCAGGAGAAAUGAUUGACAAUCUAUUGCAAGAUGAGAAUACCCUUUUAGAAGACAUAUAUUCGAACAAAGAAACGUCUCUGCCUCCUGAGCUUCCCAGUAGUAUAAUGGUAGAACCAGGUAAUUCAGAUGACCAAUACCUACCUGAAGACGAAAAAGUAGAUGAAACAACAUUGUUAUCAAAUGAAGAAGAAGGGUUUACUCUUGACCCAAUUGAUGGUUUAGACAUUGCUGAGAGAAGGAAAAGGAAAAAGAGGAGGUUGCUCAUAGAUCCAGUCAAGGAGAUAAGUAGCAAGACUAUGCAUAAGCAGCUUACUUCCUUUGUGGAUACUCUCAUGGUUCUGGACCUUGCACCUCCCACACAAAGACUGAUGAUGUGGAAGAAGAGGGGAGGAGUGGAUACACUUCUGUCAACUGCUACCCAGGAUCUGAUUCAUGAUGAACUGAAAAUGUUGUUUGCAAAAUGCUUCCUGUCCUCUGACUUUAAACUUGCAAAAUUGAUACAGAAGGAGUCAGUAAGGAAAGAAGUGGGAAUGAAAAACAUUCUAGAGCUCUCAGUGAUAGAAGAGCCCAACUCCCACAGAGAGUUAGAUCAACCCCAGUCUUGGAAGGAUGUGAUUGUUGAAUCUGUGGGUAGCUUUCAGGAAGACAUCAAUAUGAAUAUUAACUCUGAGGAUAUAUUUGAAACGAUUUCUCCACCUGCCGAGGGAUUAUCUUCAAUGAAUGCUUCCUCAGCCCAAGAAAAUUGCCCAGUUGAAUUGGAGUCAUCAGGCAGCAAACAAAAUACUGAGGCAGAGAAAUGGAAUCAAAGAUUAUUUCAGACAUUAAAUGAAUUACGGAAAUUCGCCAAGAUGGGAAUGAAGUCCUUUAGUCUGAUAAAGCUAUGCAGAAAUAGUGACCGAAAACAGGCAGCUGCCAAAUUUUAUACCUUUCUUAUCCUGAAAAAACAUCGAGCUAUUGAGCUGAGCCAGAGUGUUCCCUAUGCAGAUAUUAUAGCUACAGUGGGACCAAUGUUCCAUAAGAUAUGAAAGAAAUCCAGAGCAUGCAGGUUUAUGCCAUCACUGGCACUUCUGCAUAGACUGUUCAAUUUGCUGCAGAAGCUAUCAAGAAGCAGCAGAUGGUCUGGCCCAUUUCACAGACAGUCUGGCCUCCCAUUUUCUAUCUAGAGGGCAGAACCAAUCACAACCAGAAUUGGAAACCUAUGUGGAGAUAGUUAACUUAACCGAUUCCCUGAUCUGAGGACUGCAUUUAGAUUGUGUUUAGCAUGCAUUGUAAAAUACAGUGUACCUUCAGGAAACAUUCAAGGGCGUUUGGGGUUUUUUUGUUUGGUUGGUUUGGUUUUUGGUUUUUUUGAGACAGCGUUUCUCUGUGUAGUUUUGGUGCCUGUCCUAGAUCUUGCUCUGUAGACCAGGCUGGCCUCGAACUCACAGAGAUCUGCCUGGCUCUGGCCUCCUGAGUGCUGGGAUUAAAGGUGUGCGCCACCACCGCCCAGCCUCAAGGAUGUUUUUUAAAAGACUGUUUUACAUUGGAUUAUUAAAGUUUGUGGGGUUAAUGAAUAGUUAAUAUUUUCUUACUUGUAGACAUUAGUUUAUUUGAUCUACUUUGUAUCAUCAUUGAUAGUACCUAUUUCUCUAAUUUUAAUCUAAUAUCUUAGUUAAAGAAUUAUAAAACUUAUUUUAAAUUACCUGAGUUACUUUAGUCUGGUUAUGGGCCAUAUAACUUUUUCAUUUAAUGUUUAAUAACUUUAUUAUCACCAUUAAUGUCCUAGUGAAACCAAAGCUGCUUAUGUUAAAAACAAAAUAAAACAAAAAAACUGGCAGACACUUGGUAACGUUUUACCUGCACAUUCAGUCGUAGUAAAGACCACUGAAACAGAUGCUCUUUUACUUAGUGUGUACUGAGCAUUUUUACCAGUAAAAUCAUUUUUUUUUUCUCAGUUAAUGUUUGAGUCAAAAUUUUUCAUAUGCUCUAUGAACUGCAAAGUAAACUAUAAAAUGUGGCCUGUGUCACUGUAAAUAAUGGUACUGAAGUUACACUGUGAACAGUUCAGUUCUAAAGAGAUUCUUUGAAUAUAUUUAACUAAGAUGCAAAUAACAGAGUUGUCUUAAAUAUUUUUAUUUUUAAAUUAAUACAGGAAAAAUUUGCUUAAUUUUUGGUGUACAGGCCUAUAAUUUAUAUAUGUAUGUAUGUUUGUGUGAUAGAUAUCUCCAUCACCACAGUCUAAACAUAGAUCAUCUUUUAAAAAAUUCUUUCCAUUUAUCUUCUUGUGGUAGUCCCCCAUUCUAAUAGCUGGCCACUAUUCUCCAUGACUAUACUUUUGUCUCUUUGGGAAUGUUAUAUAAAUAGAAUUAUAUAGCACGUAACAUUCUGAGAGUGGUUUCUUUCACUCAGUGUAGUACUCUUGAUAUGUAUCCAAGUUCUUUGAUCUAUCAUUGUUUUGUUCUUUUUAAAUGCUGAGUAGUAUUCUGUUGCCUAGAUAUAUUAGCUCACUUGUACUUUUACUCAUUAAAAGACAGUUGUUAUU